CAGAGAGAGUGCGUGGCACUUUAGCCAGGGCUGGGCAAACCACAAAUUGGAACCAGCGAAAAAUACCUUCGAAAUUUGCAAGCUGAGUGUGACAAGAAUAAAUAGUUCGGCCAACAAAUCGGCUUCACAGUGAAAAGUGCAAGCAAACAAAAAGUGAGAAGUGCGCGAUGUGCCAUCCCUGGUGUAAACACGCACACACACACACACACACGCGCAGGCGGCACACAGGUGAGCACCAGUAGCGCAGUCGACAGCAGCAGCGGCGCAGGCAGCGGCAGAGGCAGAGCGCCCAGAGCAGAUACUUCAGUUUGCGUCGAUUGUGCCGAUUGAGAUUCAGAUUCAGUUCCAGAUCACAACCCGAAUCGGAGCCGCCAGUGUGUGCCAGACGCAACGCAACGGAACGGAACGCAAGGCAACGUCUACGUCAGCAAAAUCACGCUGCAAGUCACCAGUUGGCCGGAAGAUUGGCGAAAAUCCUGUGAGUAAAAAUGGCAAGCGUGCAACAACAGUUUUGCCAGCGUGUCGCUUGGAGUCUCCCAGUGUGCGUGCGUGUGUGUGAGUGAGUGGGAGCGCGCAGCCGUGUGCGUGCGUGUGUGUGCGAGCGUCGAAACCCCUGAACCAGAGCAAUGGCCAUUAAACCGGGACUCGGUCGCAAGACCAGCAACAAGAACCCGCCUAUCCUGAGCCACGAGUUUGUGAUCCAGAACCACGCGGACAUCAUCUCCUGCGUAGCCAUGGUCUUCGUGGUCGGCCUGAUGAACGAGUCGACGGCGGCGUUCGCCAGCGCGUUCAUAUCCCUGCACCACAACGUCAGCGGUGAGGACCCCAGCCGGGAGCAGCCAUAUGGCAAGCCAUACACCUACAUCGCCGGCAUCAAGGAUUACUGCGCGAUAUUCUUCUACACGCUGACCUGCAUAAUCAUGCACGCGAUCAUCCAGGAGUUCGUGCUGGACAAGAUCAGCAAAAAACUACACCUGUCCAAGUUCAAGCUGGCCCGCUUCAACGAGUCCGGCCAACUGGUGGCCUUCUACCUGCUCUCCUUCGUCUGGGGCGCCCACGUGCUGCUGAAGGAGGGCUACCUCGGACAGGUGGCCCAGCUGUGGGAGGGCUUCCCCGACCAUCCCAUGAGCUUUCUGCACAAGUUCUACUUUGUGGUGCAGCUGGCCUACUACCUACACAUGCUGCCGGAGCUCUACUUCCAGAAGAUCAAGACCAAGGAGGAGCAGCAGCCCAAGAUCGUGCACUCGAUCAGCGGCUUCACCCUGAUCGUCCUGGCCUACACGCUUAGCUUCCAGCGCCUGGCCCUCGUGCUGCUCACGCUGCACUACUUCAGCGAGCUGCUGUCGCACGUCUUCCAGCUGAUCGGCGUGUUCGACCGCGAGGAGCGACUGGCCAAGCUGCGGGUGGUGAACAAUGCCGUCUUUUUCCUGAUCCGCUUCGCUACGUCCGUGAUCGGUGUGCUCACGCUGUACUACGGCAUCGGGGGUGUGCGAUCCCUGCUGGCCUUGGGCGGCCUGAUCGCCCUGCAGGGCUACCUGGUCUUCUCCUUCAUCACGGAGCAGCUGCGCGCCAAGCGCGAGGCCAAGAAGGAGGCCAAGCGGGAGGCCAAGCUGGCGCUGCAGACCAAAAAGCCAGCCAAGACGCCCAAGGACAAGGUGAAGCGCAAGAAGGAGAGCGACCUGCCUGAGGCGGACCAGACCUCGCCCAGUCCCAUCAAGCAGAAGCUCAAGUGAGAGCCGUCCCGGCCGAGCAGAGCAACAAAAUCUUCCGCACACUUCCAAUUCAAAACGAAUGAGAGAUAGAGAGAGCAGCACCAUGGACAGGAGCCCAGGUUGGAUUGGUGGACACUUGCCACUGACCACUGAACACUGGCUACUUGGCUCCCUGUUUGAUGUAAUCUCGUUAGCUCAAAACUACCACUGCAACAUUUCUGCUGCAUUUACUUCCUCGACACACAAAAGAACGAACUAUUUCUUAGCCUAAAUGUUUUGUUUCAUUUAAGUUUACGUCAUUUUUAAAACAAAUUUUUUUUAUUUUUAUACAUACAAAAAAAAAAAAUGAAAAAAGAAACAAAUACAACAAAAGAGAAAAGCAAAGCCC